AUGGGUUGCCAUCAGAAAACUAAGUCGGUGCUUCUUUUCCUUGUCUUAUGUUCAUGGGCAUUUCUAUGUUAUGGUCUCCCAAGUGAGUACUCUAUAUUAGCCCUUGACCUUGACAAGUUUCCUUCAGAGGAUGGGGUGGUUGAGUUGUUCCAACGAUGGAAGGAGGAACACCAAAAGUUUUAUAGACACCCAGAAGAAGCAAUGUUAAGGUUGGAGAAUUUCAAGAGGAACUUGAAACACAUCAUUGAGAAGAAUGCAAAGAGAAAUUCUCCCAAUGGGCACCGUCUUGGAUUGAACAGGUUUGCUGAUAUGAGCAAUGAAGAGUUCAAGAGUAAGUUUAUUUCAAAGGUGAAGAGGCCAUUUAGCAAGAGGAAUAGUCUCACCAGCGGUGGCUUGAAUGUGAAGGGGGAUUCAUGUGAAGAUGCACCUCUAUCUUUAGAUUGGAGGAAGAAAGGAGCUGUGACUGCUGUGAAGGACCAAGGCGACUGUGGUAGUUGUUGGGCAUUCUCUUCUACUGGAGCCAUCGAAGGAAUAAAUGCAAUAGUAACAGGGGACCUUAUAAGCCUUUCGGAGCAAGAACUGAUGGACUGUGAUACUACUAAUGACGGUUGCGAUGGAGGCUACAUGGAUUAUGCUUUUGAAUGGGUUAUAAACAAUGGUGGGAUUGACACAGAAACUGAUUACCCAUAUACUGCUGUAGACGGUACAUGCAAUGUCACCAAGGAGGAAACCAAAGUUGUUAGCAUUGAUGGCUACACCGAUGUGGCACAAUCAGAUAGUUCUUUGUUGUGUGCUACAACGAAGCAACCCGUCAGUGCCGCUAUUGAUGGCUCUUCAUGGGAUUUUCAACUAUACACUGGUGGCAUCUAUGAUGGAGAUUGCUCAAGUAAUCCAGACAAUAUUGAUCAUGCAAUUUUAAUUGUGGGUUAUGGGUCAGUGGCUAAUGAAGAUUACUGGAUUGUAAAAAAUUCCUGGGGAACAAGCUGGGGAAUAGAAGGGUACAUUUAUAUGAGAAGGAAUACUGAUUUAAAAUAUGGAGUGUGUGCAAUCAAUUACAUGGCCUCUUAUCCCACCAAAGACUCAACUGCACCAUCCCCAAGCAGUCCUCCUUCACCACCAUCACCAUCACCUCCACCACCACUUCCUCCUUCACCUAGUGAAUGUGGAGACUUCUCCUAUUGUGCAGCUCAUGAGACAUGUUGUUGCCUUCAUUCAUUCUUUGAUUUCUGCCUUCUUUAUGGUUGUUGUGAAUAUGAGAAUGCUGCGUGUUGCACUGGGACAGAGUACUGUUGUCCUAGUGAAUACCCCAUUUGUGAUAUUGAAGAUGGACUCUGUCUAAAGAACUCCGGAGAUUUAGUGGGAGUAGCUGCAAAGAAGAGAAAGAUGGGAAGGCACAAGUUACCAUGGACUAAAUUUGAACAAACAAAAAAUACAUAUCAUUCCCUUCAGAUAAGGAGGAAUCCUUUUGCUGCAACGCGUUGA